AUGGCCCAAGAUGCAGACCCGGGCUAUCCGGCCAGCCCGCCCCAAAGCACCAUCACAGUUUACGAACGAAACGAACGAUAUCUCAUGACGAGGGUCGUCCAGGCCGUCAUCAAACCAUUCAGACCUGCCCUGGUAAAGGCGGGAAAGAUAGCUACAGAGAACUCGACUCGGAUAAAUGCACCCAAGGCCGCAUUAAACCGAUGUGAGGUGAAGGAGAGGCGAGUUGAGGGUCUCUGGGUGUACGACCUGACAGCAAAACCGACCGGAAAAGACACCGGGAAAGCAAGAGAAGGCUAUCGACGAAGAAUUAUCUACUUCGCCGGCGGAGGAUGGCAGAUGCCACCGAGCAAUCAACACUGGUCUUUCUGUGCUGAAAUGGUGUCUCGCAUGCCCGAUACCAAGAUCACCCUUGUGUCUAUACCGUUGGCGCCGAAAGAUCCAGUCUCAGUUGCAUUCCCCCAAAUCGAAAAGACUUACAAAAUGCUGUUGAGAGAGGCAGCAAGGGCUGGCGAGGCUGUUGUUGUGGCCGGAGAUAGCUCAGGAGGGAAUAUUGCCUUGGCUGUGGCAACAUGGACCUUGAAGACAUCACAGGAACAAGAUUUGGCACCCCCCACAGCCAUUCUAGCCAUCUGUCCUACCACGGACCUCCGUCACGAACACCCGGAUAUCAAGACAGUGGACAAGGUUGACCCGGUGCUCACCUUCUCGUGCAUCAACUCCACAGCUAGAACUUGGUGUCCUGAACCAACAGGCUUGAGCCAGGCAGGGACUGAUUCGAGAGCAGGCCACAACGAGAAGGAUUUACGCAUGGACUGGAGCUUCGAAGACCCUCGAGUAUCGCCCAUCCAAGCAGACCUCAGCGUCCUAGCCCGAAACUACGUCAAAGUCCACGGCAUAACAGCUUCACAUGAUGUUCUCGGGCCAGAAGCUGUCGCAUUUCGCGACAAUUGCAACAAGGAGGGCAUCAGGGGAGAAUGGUUGGCUUGGGAUGGGCAAAUGCAUUGUUUCCCUUUGGCGUUCAAGUACGGGCUCAAGGAGAGCAAGGAGGCUAUGGAUUUCGUAGUUGAUGUGUUGCAGAGAUCUUGA